AUGCCUUCCAACCCUGACUCACCGGCUCCCGUUCCUCCCCCAGUCCCUGUCGAAACCCAUCCGUAUCGCGCGAGUGGGUUAAAGCCUCCUCCGGAAAACCGCGUCCUUCCCGAUCCCACUCGCCUCGCCCCUGAGGAUGCCUACUACUCCCCUUCUCUUCUUCGAACUCGGCCCGGUAGCUCGAAUUAUGAAGAGCCAAUUCGGCCGCUGAGCGCGAACACUCCUACUGCUGCCUCCGUCGCUGCCCUGCGGCCACCGCCCGCGGUGCCAGGAGCUGCUACCCGAAAGGAGAAUCGUAAGCUACGAGGGACUGGUGUUCGGAGACGGCGAAAGGGUGCUUGGAAGAAGUUACUUUGGGUGAAGCAGUCAUACCCAGAUAAUUAUACCGACACCGAAACGUUCCUUGACCACCUUCAGAGAAACCCCCGUGUGCGCCCCUACGACUUUUGGCCAUUAGUCGCUGAUUCAACCGUCAUUGUACAACAUGUUUGCUCGGUGGUCAUAUUCAUCUGCUGCUUUAUCGGAAUCGUUCAAGGUCGGGUGAGUCCCGUCUCUGUUGUCUGCUGGGGCAGUGUCGGGACUGCUGUCGCCUGGGUUUUAUGGGACUGGUGGGCGUUCACGGAACAUGCAGAGAAUAGAAGGGCAGCUGAACGAGCGAUGGAGGCCGAUGACGGGUCGAGUUCUAGCUCUAUGACGAGCUCUAUGGUUCCAGGCAACUCUCGACCGAACGGACAAAAGGAGAACCAAAUUCAUGGACUUGGUUUGAGCAUGGCACAAAACGAACCAGGCGCACCACUCAGACGCCAAAGUACAGGGCUCAGCGUCGAUUCCUUCACGGCCCAGGAUCCAGGUUCACUUCCACCCGGAUAUGCGAACGGGAAGGAUGAACGAUCCGAGUCACAGUGGCAAUUAAUAUAUCACUCUUCGUCGUUCCUGUCACGGAACCGCCAGCGACUUUCCACGGUGAAGUCGGCAUUUCUUAUAUACUUUUCAUUGCUCGGACUCAGCCCAAUCCUUAAGUCGCUCACCAAAUCCACCGCGAGUGACUCCAUCUGGGCCAUGAGCUGCUGGCUGCUGAUCAUGAAUAUAUUUUCGUUCGACUACGGAAGCGGGGAAGGCGCUGGCGCGACCAAGUUUCCGGCAUCUCUAUCCACAAACGCAGCUGUCAUGGCAUCGACAGUGCUUGCUUCUCGCCUCCCAUCAACCACGCACGUAUUCAGCCUCAUGCUCUUCUCCAUUGAGGUGUUUGGUCUGUUCCCCAUAUUCAGGCGGCAGCUAAGACACAUCUCAUGGACCGGCCAUAUCUUCUUAACCCUGGCAUUGGUUAUUGUCGCCGGCGGUGCCGUCGGGAUUACACUGCGUGGCGGAUGGGCGGGAGCGGUCGUUGGGUCUUUCCUAGGGAGUAUCCUUACGGCAUUCACCAUGGGUGGCUGUAGUUGGUGGCUUAUUAGUCUCCAGAAGUAUAAGAAUGUGGUCUCAGGGCCAUGGGAUCCUGCCAGGCCGAUUAUACGACGGCAUUGGGACUGA